AUGGACUCCUUUGCUAUUACAGAGGGCCUUGCCGCUCAGGAGCAACAAGAUGCAGUACCAACCAAACUCUCCGAGGAGACAAACAAGUUCCAGCAAGCCAUUGCCGCUUGGCGUGGAAUUGACCUGGCUAGUACCAUCGCUAAACUCGACACGGUCGCCUCGGAUAUAGUCGAGUACCAGCGGGAAUCCCUCGUUCAAAGAAAGGACCUGGCGCAAAAGACCAAGGACUUCAAGAAACUCGACGACCAGGAGAAACUCGCAGAGCACAAGGGACUAUUGAAGGCGUACCAAUCCUUUAUUGAUGUCUUGACCAAUCAAGGAAAAGCAUCUUCAUCGUCCUUCCUCCAGCUAUAUUCCUCCUUAUCCGAAGCGCCGGAUCCAUACCCACUCCUCGAAGCAUCCGUCGAUUCCCUGCUCCUUUCCGAAGAGACCGUUCCGAAGUUGACAUCCGAGCGAAAUCAAUUGCAACAGUCAGUCGACCGUCUUACCAGGCAACAGGAGGAAACAGAGAGACGUCUUCAGGAGGAGCGGGCCGCGCGGAAGAAGCUGGAAGAUAAUCAAGAGGCCAGGGCCAAGGAGAUCGAAGCAUCUUGGGAGGCCGUGUUGGCGGAGAAGACAAGCAAUUGGGCUGCAAAGGAGAAGAGCUUAGAAGAGAAGGUGGAAAACCAGGAACGACUGCUUAAGGAGCUCAAAGCCAGCUAUGAGGUUUCACAGCGCAUGGACGAAGAUGACGAUAACGAGGGGCCUCGAAAUGGCGCGACUGCUGCGGAAUUGGAGCUUGUUACUUCCGAUCUGGAGAAGACCAGUUUGAGGUUAGCAGACGUAGAGGCUCGGAAUGAGCAACUACGACUAGAACUGGCCCAGGCUGUAUCGCACUCACACUCCGAUCAGCCAACCUCUGUUGAGGAUGACCCAUCAUACCAGCGCCUUCAAUCGGAGAACUCUUCUUUGCUACGAAAGCUGGAUGCUGCACGAUUUGACAAAGAUUCUACUCGGCAUACUUGGGAGGCCAAGCUCCACCAGGUGGAAAGAAACGUGUCGAAGAUCACGAUGGAGAGAGAUGAGCUGCGCUCUCGCCUGAACAAGGUUGCGGACUAUGAUGAAAUCCGUCGAGAGUUGGAGAUGAUCAAAUCGAUCGAAUUCACGGCCGGUGAUGAUGAAGAAGGCGAGGCUACGGCUGAGGAUACAAAUGCAAACGGCGACACAAAGGCCAAGGGACAAAACUCGUUAGAACAACUUCUACUGGCUCGAAACAAGAAAUUAAUUGAUGAUCUCACCAUUUUGCGAGUAUCAUCGCGUGACAUCCAGGGGCAACUUGAAGUCAUGCGCGGUGAGCUUGCAGCGACAAAGGAAGAACUACAGAAAUCUCGAGGCUUGUCGACAACUCUGGAGAAUGAUCUCCUGCGUGUGCAGCAAGAGGCUGCCAACGUGUUCCCCUCAUCGGCCAUGUCCGUCGCGGGUACUUACUCUUCCCGGUACCCGCAUUCCUCUCGCCGAGGUGCGGUAUCUCCCACGUCGUCAAUCAUAUCUGGCUUUGAUCAAAGCGCGGUAUCCGCAAAUACUAUGGAUGCCAUCCGCUCUGGGGAAGCCGUGGGAGGUGGAUCCGGUCUCCUCCCUAUGAUCCAGGCUCAGAGAGACCGCUUCAAGAAGAAGAAUGCAGAGCUUGAAGAAGAGCUCUCCAAGCUGUACGGUACUGUGAAGUCUUUGAGGCAAGAGGUCGCAUCGCUCCAAAAGGAUAACCUGAGUCUUUAUGAGAAGACUCGAUAUGUUUCCACCUAUAGUCGCGGCCAGGGUGCAUCCACAUCUGCUUCCUCAUACGCAAAUGCCCCCAGUUCCACAUCUGUGUAUAGCUCCUCAGACACACCUUCCGGGUUGUCUAUGGAUCGGUAUAAGUCUGCGUAUGAGGCACGAAUUUCUCCAUUUGCAGCCUUCCGAGGUCGUGAGUCGACCAGUGCCUACAAGCGCAUGAGCCUACCCGAGCGGAUCGUGUUCUCCCUCACCCGCAUCAUUAUGGCUAACCGGACCAGUCGAAAUCUGUUUGCCGGCUACUGCUUUGCCCUCCAUAUCCUACUAUUUGUAGUGCUUUACAUGAUGAGCACAACAGAGAUUGAGAAGCAUAGCGCCAUGAGUGCCGUGGGUAGUGCUGCAGCCGCCGCAUAUGCCAACCAUGGUGGUAUGGGCAGUGGCAGUGGUAGUGGCAGCGGCACACUGCAGGCCGACGACUGGCAGCAAGAGGGGUUCAAUCAAGCGAGCUGA